UGCUGCAGGCACUUACCUGCCACCCCUCCAGCAGGUAUUUCAAGCUCCUCGCCGGCCUGGGAUAGGAACUGUUGGGAAGCCCAUCAAACUCUUGGCCAACUACUUUGAGGUAGACAUUCCCAAAAUUGAUGUCUAUCACUAUGAAGUUGACAUCAAGCCAGACAAGUGUCCCCGCAGAGUCAACAGGGAGGUUGUGGAAUAUAUGGUGCAACACUUCAAACCUCAGAUCUUUGGAGACCGGAAGCCGGUGUACGAUGGAAAGAAGAACAUCUAUACUGUCACUGCUCUGCCUAUUGGAAAUGAAAGGGUUGACUUUGAGGUGACAAUUCCAGGGGAAGGCAAAGACCGGAUCUUCAAGGUCUCUAUUAAGUGGAUGGCCAUUGUAAGCUGGCGGAUGCUCCAUGAAGCUCUGGUGAGCGGGCAGAUCCCUGUUCCUUUGGAAUCUGUCCAGGCCCUUGAUGUUGCUAUGAGACACCUGGCUUCCAUGAGGUACACCCCAGUGGGGCGUUCCUUCUUCUCUCCCCCUGAAGGAUACUAUCACCCCCUGGGAGGAGGUCGGGAGGUAUGGUUUGGCUUCCAUCAGUCUGUCAGACCUGCCAUGUGGAAGAUGAUGCUCAAUAUAGAUGUGUCUGCAACAGCGUUUUACAAGGCCCAGCCUGUGAUUGAAUUCAUGUGUGAAGUCCUGGACAUCCGGAACAUUGAUGAGCAGCCAAAACCUCUGACUGACUCUCAGAGGGUUCGGUUCACAAAGGAAAUCAAGGGUUUGAAAGUGGAGGUUACUCACUGUGGACAAAUGAAGAGGAAAUACCGUGUGUGUAAUGUUACUCGGCGUCCAGCUAGUCACCAAACGUUCCCCUUGCAGCUGGAGAGCGGACAGACUGUGGAAUGCACCGUAGCACAAUACUUCAAACAGAAGUACAACCUGCAGUUGAAGUAUCCCCACCUGCCCUGUCUUCAGGUUGGCCAGGAGCAGAAACACACCUAUCUGCCUCUGGAGGUGUGCAACAUUGUGGCUGGCCAGCGGUGCAUCAAAAAAUUGACGGACAAUCAGACGUCUACCAUGAUCAAAGCUACAGCACGAUCUGCUCCUGACAGGCAAGAAGAGAUUAGCCGGUUGAUGAAAAAUGCCAGUUACAACCUGGACCCAUACAUACAGGAGUUUGGCAUAAAAGUGAAAGAUGACAUGACAGAAGUGACUGGGCGGGUCCUGCCAGCCCCGAUUUUACAAUAUGGAGGCCGGAAUCGUGCCAUUGCCACACCCAACCAGGGGGUCUGGGAUAUGAGAGGGAAGCAGUUCUACAAUGGCAUUGAGAUCAAGGUGUGGGCCAUCGCCUGUUUUGCCCCCCAGAAGCAGUGCAGAGAAGAAGUGCUGAAGAACUUCACAGACCAGCUGCGCAAGAUUUCUAAGGACGCAGGGAUGCCAAUCCAGGGUCAGCCUUGCUUCUGUAAAUACGCACAAGGUGCUGACAGUGUGGAGCCCAUGUUCCGACACCUUAAAAACACCUAUUCGGGACUCCAACUCAUCAUAGUCAUCCUGCCAGGGAAGACACCGGUGUAUGCGGAGGUGAAGCGUGUAGGGGACACCCUUCUGGGCAUGGCCACUCAGUGUGUGCAGGUCAAAAAUGUGGUGAAGACCUCACCUCAGACUCUUUCCAACCUUUGUCUCAAGAUCAACGUUAAACUUGGAGGAAUUAACAAUAUCUUGGUGCCCCAUCAGCGUUCUGCCGUUUUUCAGCAGCCAGUUAUAUUCCUGGGAGCUGAUGUGACUCAUCCUCCAGCCGGUGAUGGAAAGAAGCCUUCCAUAACAGCUGUGGUGGGCAGCAUGGAUGCCCACCCAAGCCGCUACUGUGCCACGGUUCGGGUACAGCGGCCACGCCAGGAAAUUAUUGAAGACCUUUCCUAUAUGGUUCGAGAGCUGCUCAUCCAGUUCUACAAGUCCACGCGCUUCAAGCCAACACGGAUUAUCUUCUACCGGGAUGGUGUGCCUGAGGGACAACUGCCACAGAUCCUUCACUAUGAACUUCUGGCCAUUCGGGACGCCUGCAUCAAACUGGAGAAAGACUACCAGCCGGGCAUCACCUACAUUGUGGUCCAGAAAAGACACCACACUCGCCUCUUCUGUGCAGACAAGAAUGAGAGGAUUGGCAAAAGUGGGAACAUCCCAGCAGGAACUACAGUCGAUACGAACAUUACUCACCCUUUUGAGUUUGACUUCUACCUGUGCAGCCAUGCUGGCAUUCAGGGUACGAGCAGGCCUUCCCAUUACUACGUGCUUUGGGACGAUAACCGGUUUACAGCAGAUGAGCUCCAAAUCCUCACCUACCAGCUUUGUCACACAUACGUCCGUUGUACCCGCUCUGUUUCUAUCCCAGCACCAGCAUACUAUGCCCGUUUGGUGGCCUUCCGGGCACGAUAUCACCUUGUAGACAAAGAGCAUGACAGCGGAGAAGGCAGCCACAUCUCUGGCCAGAGCAACGGCCGAGAUCCUCAGGCUCUCGCCAAGGCUGUGCAAGUUCAUCAGGACACUUUACGCACCAUGUACUUUGCUUGAAAGCCCAACAUUUUUACCUCACUCCAGAAAGCUUUCCGAUUUGUAGGAGCCAUACAAAAAAAGAAAGAAAAAGAAAGAAAGAAAGAAAGAAAGAAAG